AUGGCGGCCCUUAAACUUUUUUCGCUCGCCUCUGCGUCUGCGUUCCUGAUGGUCAACGCCGUCCAUCAAACGGCAAAGCAAGGCUCAUUGACAGCGGGUCAAGGAUCUUCAACCUACACUGUAAAACUCGGCCAGACUGCCGUGUGCCUCGACGAAAUCAACGAUGCCCGUGAAGCCGCUGGACUCUCACACUUCAAAGAGUCCACCGAGGAUAUGUGGCCUUCAACUGGAUCACAAAAGAAUCAGACAGCCGCCAACCCAUGGGACACUGUUUGUAAAGCCCUGAUAAAAAAUGACUCAGAAGAACCAGAAAGCCGCACAGGCACGAGCGAAUUUAAGAGCAGUACAUACGCCUUCAUGGCCUUAUCAACGGAGCAGGCGGACUGCACAGCCGCAAUUGACCACUGGAAGGACGCCUUCAACAACUUCACUUCCCUUCCUCCAUCGAAGGCUGAUGGAGAAGACCUCUACAACAAACCAGAGAACGUCUCUUUUGUUGCAAUGUACAACCCUUCAGAGAGUGCCAUUGCUGACUGUCGAGUCGUUACCUGCACACAAGCCUCUGCUGAACCAGGCGGUUCCGUGAAGUUGCAGGAUAAUGUUGAAGCAAAGAACGGCUACGCUCUACUGUGUCUGACUACUCCUGACCUGAUGAAAGAUGGCAGCUCUGCUCCCUUCUCAAAAGACCCGCUGACAGACAGACGUCGGCGCCUUCGUCGGGUGUUUUUUCCCGCUGCCUCCCUAGGCCUGCGGUUAUUGAGCGUUUUCAACGCGCACCCCUACAUUUCACUAUGCGGCAAUGAAACCAGUGUGUGUCUUGCCGAGAUUAACAAUGCCCGUGAAGCUGCUGGGCUAGCGCACUUCUUGGUGGCCAAGGAAGGCUCACAAACGUGGCCUGAAACUGUCGCGGGAUCAGACAGCCAGUCUACCAAGCCAUGGGAUCCAGUCUGCGAAGCUCUGAUAAAAAAAGACGAAGAAAGCACAGUGCAGCAAAACGCUGAGAAAAAUGCCUUUCCAAGCGGCACAUACGCCUUCAUGGCGUUGGAUACAGCAGAGGCGGACUGCGCUGCCGCAGUGAGCCACUGGAAGGAAGCCGCCAGCAACUUCACCUCCCUUCCUCCAUCAAAGACUGACGGAGCAGAACUCUACAAGAAACAGCAUAACGCUUCUUUUAUUGCUUUGUACAACCCUUCGGACGAAGCCACUGCUGACUGCCGAAUAGUCACCUGCACUCAAACGGCAGCUUCACCUCCCACAGUAUUCAGCUCACGGACCAGUGCGGGUGAUAAGAAAGGCUAUGCUCUACUGUGCAUGACCACACCUGAUGCACUUAAAGACGACGACCAAGCUCCCUUCACCGAAGAGCAGUGGAACAAGAUCAAGGCAUCCCUCACAGGUUCUGCAUCUCCUGUUGCCCCGAGCCUGCUUGCCGUUGCCAUUGCGGCCCUUGGAUUGGUUGCCCUCUAA